CACAGAAGUCUUCAUGGAUAUAGUUGAUACAUUUAAUCAUUUAAUUCCUACUGAACACUUAGAUGAUGCCCUAUUUCUAGGAUCCAACCUGGAGAAUGAAGUCUGUGAGGAUUUUAGUACAAGUCAAAAUGUCUUAGAGGACUCGCUGAAGAACAUGCUCAGCGAUAAGGAUCCUAUGCUAGGAUCUGCAAGUAACCAGUUCUGUUUGCCUGUUUUGGAUAGCAAUGAUCCCAAUUUCCAGAUGCCUUGUUCAACAGUUGUUGGUCUUGACGAUAUUAUGGAUGAAGGAGUUGUUAAAGAAAGUGGUAAUGAUACCAUUGAUGAAGAAGAAUUGAUUUUACCUAACAGAAAUUUGAGGGACAAAGUAGAAGACAAUUCAGUAAGAUCACCAAGAAAAUCACCUCGUUUAAUGGCACAAGAACAAGGAAGAAGUUUGCGACAAAGCACUAUUGCCAAGCGUUCCAAUGCAGCAUCUUUAAGUAGCACAAAAAAAGCAUCUGGGAAGACUAUAACUGCUCCCAAAGCAGGGGUGAAACAACCAGAACGGUGUCAGAUGAAAGAAGAGGUUGGAGCACCACUAAAGCCCGAGUACCAUAAGGAGAGUAAAAGGAGCACCCGAUACAUUAAUCCAGUGGAGGUGGCACCAGAAGUAUCAUUGUCUUCGAGUCAAUCUUCAUUGUCAUCUUGCCUUGAAAUGAAGGAUGAAGUUGGAUUAGAUUCCAAACAUAAGUGUGAUAAUCAGGGAGAAGCAAAUGUGCCAUCUCAUGAAUUAAAUUGUCCUCUUCUUUCAGAGACUUGUGUUAAUAUUGAAGAAAAGAAAACUGAAGCUCUGAUGGAAUGUAAAAUUGAGACUGUUAGUGGCCCAUUGUUUAAGUUUUCAGAUAAAGAAGAUGAUGAACAGAAUGUUUCAGGUAAAAUGGGUGAGACUAUUGAAGAAGAGAAGGCAAAGGAAAAACUUAAACAAAAAUCAAAGGAGAUAGUAAAAUUAUCCUGUACAGAUGACCAAAUUAUUGAAGAACCUGAAUCUUCUGACAUUUCUGGUGAUGCUGCUUGUACAGAUUUAAAUAAGACAGAAACAAAAGCCUUAGGUUUGUCUAGUUCCUUGGAUGAAGCACCUGAGGAUCAUUUGGAAUUGAAGAAUACUGUGAGUGGUGGUGAUAAAACUGAAAAGUUCCUUCAAAGAAAUAAAACUGAAUCAAUGGAUUAUUGUGAAGACAUGGAGUCUCAUGAUACACAGUUACAGAGCACUGAGUUUAAUAAAUCAGAUUUAGAAGUCAAUACCUGUGUUUUUGAGCCAGUAACCAAUGUUUUAAAAAAUAGUAUUUGUGAUAUGGCAGAUCAAAAUCCAAAACAGUUAAAUAUAACAGAAAAUACUAAAAUAGAAUCACAUGAAACCACAAACCUUCAGGAUGAUAGAAGCAUCUUAGAGCCAAAAAAAUUAAAAUCUAAACAUAUGAAACCUGUAACUCAUCCUAAGCAAAACACAACUACAGAGACUCCACGAAAAAUAGUGUCAGCAAAACAUGAAGUUUUUAACAAAACAAAAAAUGUUAAAAAUGGGAAACGAAAUGCAGAUGAAGUAGAAUCUCAGCAGAGGCCUGUCAAAGUAAGGAAAAAGCAAGUUGAUAAGGAUUCAAAGACUCAAAGUUCCAACUCUGGAGUUAAAUCAGCAAAAAAUCAAACACAUUCUAUGUGGAAAAAUAUUGCACAGGAUCAAAACUUAGUGCAAAUUCCCAAACCUUUAACUCAUUCUGUUAGUGAUAAGCUUCAUAGUCAACCUAGUUGUUCUAAGGAGCCUCAUCAUCAAGUACAUUCCGGACACUUGGUACAUUCCAGCCAGAAACAGUGCCAUAAGCCUCAGCAACAGGCACCAUCAGGGAGAAUCACUAGUCAUAUGAAAGAGGAGCAUGAACAUGCAGUCCUUGAGCAUUUUAAGGAGGAGGAUAAACUGAAACUAAAAAAAACUGACAAGAACUUACAACCUCGUCAGAGAAGAAGCAGCAGAAGUUUUUCUUUGGAUGAGCCACCAUUAUUCAUUCCAGACAACAUAGCCACUGUAAAAAGAGAAGGUUCAGACCAUAACUCCUCAUUUGAAAGCAAAUACAUGUGGACUCCCAGCAAGCAAUGUGGGUUUUGCAAAAAACCACAUGGCAACAGGUUUAUGGUUGGCUGUGGGAGAUGUGAUGACUGGUUUCAUGGUGAUUGUGUUGGGUUAAGUCUUUAUCAAGCACAGCAAAUGGGAGAGGAGGACAAAGAAUAUGUAUGUGUGAAAUGUUGUGCUGAAGAAGACAAAAAGACUGAAGUAUUAGACUCUGACAGUUUAGAAAACCAAACUACAACUGAAGUCCAUAGUGAAGAUAAAACAAUGGAAUAUGAAAAGCUUGACAAAACCAAACAUACAGAUGAUACAGUGAAGAACAAGGUCAAAAUUGUAAAGCGGGAGUCUAGUGAAGGCAAAAACUCAUCAGACUGUAGAGACAAUGAAAUUAAAAAAUGGCAACUAGCUCCUCUUCGAAAGAUGGGACAACCAGUUUUACUUCGGAGAUCUUCAGAAGACAAGAAUGAAAAAAUACCAAAGGAGUCAACAACUGUUUUUUGUACUGGAGAAAAACCUUCAAAACCAGGCACUCAGGAGAAGCAAGAGAUAAAGAAGAAGAAAGUUGAAAAGGGCGUCUCUAGUGUGCACCCUCCUACUGCUUCCGUCUCCAAGCCAUCUGCAGAUCAAAUCAGACAAAGCGUGAGACAUUCUCUCAAAGACAUUCUUAUGAAAAGGCUUACAGAUUCAAAUUUGAAGGUACCUGAGGAAAAGGCAACGAAAGUUGCUACAAAAAUUGAAAAAGAGCUUUUCUCUUUUUUUCGGGACACAGAUGCUAAAUAUAAAAAUAAAUAUAGAAGUUUGAUGUUCAAUCUGAAAGAUCCUAAAAACAAUAUACUAUUUAAAAAAGUACUGAAAGGAGAAGUAACUCCUGAUCAUCUUAUUCGAAUGAGUCCAGAAGAACUUGCCUCUAAAGAGUUAGCUGCUUGGAGAAGAAGAGAAAACAGACAUACCAUAGAGAUGAUUGAGAAAGAACAGAGAGAAGUGGAAAGACGGCCAAUCACAAAGAUCACUCAUAAGGGUGAGAUAGAGAUUGAGAGUGACGCUCCGGUGAAAGAACAAGAAGCAGCCAUGGAGAUUCAGGAACCCUCAGGUAGUAAGUCAUUGGAGAAACCAGAAGGAUCUGAGAAACAGAAGGAAGAGACUGACUCCAUGUCUAAAGAUACUACUAGUCAACACAGACAACAUCUUUUUGACCUUAACUGCAAAAUUUGCAUAGGUCGAAUGGCACCGCCAGUAGAUGAUCUUUCUCCAAAAAAAGUGAAAAUUGUUAUUGGAGUUGCUCGUAAACACUCAGACAAUGAAGCUGAAAGUAUAGCAGACGCAUUAUCUUCAACUUCAAAUAUUUUGGCUUCUGAGUUCUUUGAAGAGGAGAAACAAGAUUCUCCAAAAGCAACAUUUUCUCCUGCUCCACGUCCAGAGAUGCCUGGAACUGUUGAAGUUGAGUCUACCUUCCUGGCUCGCUUGAACUUCAUCUGGAAAGGCUUCAUCAACAUGCCUUCGGUGGCAAAAUUUGUUACCAAAGCUUACCCGGUAUCUGGUUCCCCUGAAUUCCUAACAGAGGAUCUGCCAGACAGUAUUCAAGUAGGUGGGAGGAUAUCACCUCAGACAGUUUGGGAUUAUGUGGAAAAAAUAAAAGCAUCGGGAACCAAGGAAAUUUGUGUGGUUCGUUUCACACCAGUGACUGAAGAAGAUCAAAUUUCCUACACUUUGCUGUUUGCAUACUUCAGUAGCAGAAAGCGCUAUGGAGUAGCUGCUAACAACAUGAAGCAAGUUAAAGAUAUGUACCUUAUUCCUUUGGGUGCUGCAGAUAAAAUUCCACACCCUCUUGUGCCUUUUGAUGGACCUGGGCUUGAAGUGCACAGACCUAAUCUAUUGUUGGGGCUGAUUAUCCGUCAGAAGCUGCGGCGGCAGCAUGGUGCCAGCGGCCACGCUGUUGAGGCCCCUCUGAGUGCGCCAGUAGCCUUGCCACCUGACAAGAAAAGCAAGACAGAAACUCCCACAGAUGAGGCGCCAGAGGAGGAAAAUGACUUCUUCAAUUCCUUCUCUACUGUGUUACACAAGCAGAGAAAUAAGCCUCAUCAGACUCUGCAGGAAGAUUUUCAAAUGUCAGUUGAACCUGUAAUGGAAGUUGCUAAACAGGAACCACCAAAGCCUCUAAGAUUCCUUCCUGGGGUAUUAAUUGGCUGGGAAAAUCAACCUUCAACUUUAGACUUAGCAAAUAAACCUCUUCCUGUAGAUGAUAUUCUUCAAAGUCUUUUAGGUACCACUGGUCAAGCAUAUGCACAGGCCCAGCCAGUGACUGAGCAAAAUACUCAUAAAGAAAUUCCAUUUAUAACUGAGCAGACCAACCUAGUCUUACCUGCUCUAUCAGCAGACAAAAUGGAUACAGUGGAAGCAACUGAUGGUGACACAAGUGAGACAAAAGCUAAAGUAGACAACGUUAUGGAAUCUAUAGGUAACUCAGGAGGAAGAGAAGAAACACCACUAGUGGGACCAUCUACCAUUUCUCCAGGGCCUUUGACCAGUCUUAGUCUCAGAGGUAAACCACAAGAUGUUUCAACAGAAGCAUUCCUAACAAAUUUAUCAGUUCUGUCACAACAAGAGGAGACUGUGGAGAUUAAAGACAAAAAUUUUAAAAGACAACAGGUCCAAGAACAAGAGAAUAAUUUGCAAGAUAAUCUGACAUCAGGUAGUUCUCCUUGUGUGUCUAAUAUAGGAAGAGGAAACGUAGAUGGUACUGCAAAUACAGGUGAGAGCCUUGUUGGGAACGCAACACGGUCCCCACAGUUUAUCAACCUGAAAAGAGACCCUAGGCAAGCGGCUGGGCGAAGCCUGCAGACCGCGGCUUCAGAAAGCAGAGAUGGAGAGAAAACAGCCUUGUCUGGUCUGUCACACAGCAAAGAGCACUUACCGGAGCCAGUCAGUGUGGAGGAAAAGCCAACUGCUGUAGAGAAAAGCACCUCCGUUCAGCAUAAUGAUAAUCUAAAAGUCACACAAAGCUCAUCAUCAGUAGAAAACUUAGAUUCUUCUCAAACAGAGCAAGCAGAGCCUUUGAAGGAAGGUAUUUUAACACAAAAUAUUGAAACGGUGCACCCAUUUAGAAGAGAGUCGCCUGCAGCGGCAUCUCAUUUUGAGAUUGGAAAUUCAUGCCAGUCAGAAUUUCCUUCUAAAAACAUCAACUUCACUUCCAGAAGUACCAGCCCCAGGACAGGUGCAAACUUCCCACCCAUCAGGCUGCAGCAGCCUGGCCUUCAGCACCUCAAGUCUAGCUCUUCUGGGUUUCCAUUUGCAGGACCUCCUAACUUUCCUCCACAAAACAUGUUUGGAUUUCCACCACAUUUACCACCUCCAUUACUUUCCCCUCCGGGCUUUGGUUUUACCCAAAAUCCAAUGGUCCCCUGGCCACCAGUGGUUCAUCUCCCAGGCCAGCCCCAGCGAAUGAUGGGCCCCCUCUCCCAAGCAUCAAGGUAUAUGGGUCCUCAGAACUUUUACCAAGCUAAGGACAUUCGGAGACCAGAAAGGCGCCACAGUGAUCCUUGGGGUAGGCAAGAUCAACCACUGGAUAGGGCCUUCAGUAGAGGAAAAGGGGACCGCCAGAGAUUCUAUAGUGAUUCACACCACGUAAAGAGAGAGAGACACGAAAAGGAAUGGGAUCCAGAAUCGGAAAGGCACAGACGCAGAGACCGAAGCCAAGACAAGGACAGGGACAGAAAAGGCAGGGAGGAUGGGCACAAGGACAAAGAGAGGGCCCGGCCACCACACGGCGACAAAGGGACCACAAGCAGAGACGGCAGGAAUGCGGAGAAGAAGCCCGACAAGUCUAAAAGCGAAGACCACGAAAAGGACAAAGAGCGAGAGAAAAGCAAACACCGAGAAGGCGAGAAGGACAGGGACAGAUACUACAAAGACAGGGACCACGCCGACAAAGCCAAGAGCAAAAGGUGAAGCCCGCAGGCUGCUUCAGGAGCACCCUUCUGUGACUGUCGCUUGUGAAUCCUCGUGAAAUUGCCUGCUAGGAGUGUGCCAUCUUUUAAAUUUUUACUGUUGGUAGUUUUCAGAAUAAUAAAUUCUCUGUGUUGGUGCAGAGUGCCCUGUACCAGUGUUCUUCAGCCCUUCAUACCAACUAUCCCUAGUUAUAGGAAUUUAAUAUUUUUUAAAAGUUUUACAUGGCUGUAUAUUCAAAGAUUUGUUUUAUUAAUAUGCAAUAAAGACUUAGAAAUUUUAGUUUUAUUCCUUAAUCGGUAAAUACGGUUAAUUGUGGAAUAUAUUUACUGCCUCCAGUGAAUGUGCUUUCUAUGAUGACUAAUUUGAGAGUAAACAUGUGCUCUGUAUAUUUCUUUCAUCCGUCACUGUUCUUGAACUUUAGAGGAACAAAAAGCUAAGCAACUUCAUAAUCAUACUAAUCACUUAGUUGAACAAUUUUGAGACUCAGAAGCCCACAUUAAAUGCUUUAAUCUGUACUCAUUGAAGGCAUUUACUACUAUAUACUACAGCUUUGUGAUAGACCAUUUUUUUCUUUUUUCUUCUUGGCUCUUCAGAAACUUGAAUUCUUAAGCUUGUACAUGAUCUUGUGUUUUGCUAUCCUUUUUACUGUAAAAUGUAAAUAUUUUAAGGGAUAUUUUGAUUCUAAAUAUGAUAAAAGAAUUUCUCACUUA